AUGGAGACGCUAGAAACUGAAAAACCUCUGGUCAAACCUAUUUUUGAUCAUUCUGAGAACAAGUCAAAAGCAAGAAGAAACGCUGUCGUCUCAGCUCUGUUUCAGCCCUUUCAAUGGCUACAAAUGCUAUGCCAUCGACUAAAUCCAAGCUUUGUCCUUGGAGUCGUCCUCGUGUACGGUCUAAACCAAGGAUUCUCUGGGUCUUUCUUCAAAGUCGUCACGGAUUAUUACUGGAAAGAUGUACAGCAAGUGCAGCCAUCCGUUGUGCAGCUUUACAUGGGAUUAUAUUACAUCCCAUGGGUCUUGAGACCUAUUUGGGGUCUCCUCAGCGAUGUUUUCCCGAUCAAAGGUUACAAGAGAAAGCCUUAUUUUGUGGUUUCUGGUGUUCUUGGUUUGGUCUCUGCGAUUGCAAUUGUAGUUCUUGGCAAGUUGCCCGCUGCUCUGGCUUUGACCUGCCUCAUAGGUGUCUCUGCAGCUAUGGCUAUUGCAGAUGUGGUGAUUGAUGCGUGUAUAGCAACAAACAGCAUCAAUAUCAGAUCUUUGGCUCCUGAUAUACAGAGCCUUUGUAUGGUUUGUUCGUCUGCUGGUGCUUUGGUCGGAUACGCAACUAGUGGAGUCUUUGUUCACCGGUUUGGACCUCAGGGAGCAUUAGGGGUAUUAGCAUUGCCACCUGCAACGAUUGUCAUACUUGGGUUUUUCAUCUACGAGAAAAGAUCUUCUACUGUCCUUGUACAGAAAAACAAAAAGGACACGGAUGGCAUAGGAAUAGCGGUGAAAGGAAUGUACAAAACAAUAAAGUAUCCCCAAGUAUGGAAGCCAUCACUUUACAUGUUCAUAUCCUUAGCUCUCAACUUCAGCACUCAUGAAGGUUACUUCUACUGGUACACUGACUCUACAGAUGGGCCCGCCUUUUCCCAGGAGUUUGUGGGUGUAAUCUACGCAAUCGGGGCAUUGGCAUCGAUGUUUGGAGUUCUCAUAUACCAGAAGAAGCUCAAAGGCUAUUCGUUUAGGAACAUACUCUUCUUUGCACAGCUUCUAUACGGCUUCUCAGGAAUGCUUGAUCUCAUUUUCAUCAAACGCUGGAACUUAACUCUCGGGAUACCCGAUUCCUUCUUUGUGAUAGCCGAAGAAUCUUUCUCAAGGAGCAUAAGUAAGAUCAGGUGGAUCCCGAUGGUCGUGCUCAGCACAAGGCUCUGUCCUCUGGGAAUCGAAGGCACUUUCUUUGCUUUCCUCAUGUGCAUUGAUAGUCUCGGACAGCUUGCUUCUAAAUGGAGUGGAGGGCUCGUUCUUCACGCUUUUGGUGUCACCAGACACGAGUUUGGGAAUCUCUGGCUCGUGAUUCUUCUCAGGAAUGUCCUCAGAUUCGCUACCUUGUCUUUCAUUUUCCUCGUUCCGGAUUCUGAUCAUUUGGAUGAUCUUGUGCCCUCUGAUGUGUUGCCAAAAAACGAACCACAAGAAGAUGAUGAUGAUGAUAUUAAACUUUUGCUUCUGUAA